AGUUAUCAGUCGCAACCUAUUCAGGCACCAUUUUAUCAACAGUCUACUUCUAAUAUAUCUAUAAAGGAUUAUGAAUAAAGAGAACUACUUUUAUCAAAGUGAUUUUCAGGAUUGGUUCCUACUGGUUCCCUGGAGUAUAAAUCCCACAAUUUUUAUUUAAUGGAAUAAGUUCCCUGAAACAGCAGUGUGGUGAUGAAAUGGCUGAAAGCAGAGAUGAGACUGCAGCAGAGGGCACCCCAUCCAGUGGCCGGUUUACCAUCCGCUCAUUGAUCGGCACAGAGGAGAAUACCAAAUCUCAGUAUGGACAGCAAGAAUCAACUUACGAUACCUUCAACCCUAACAAUCUUACCCAUUCCAAUACUUUUUACAUGCGGACAUUUGGAUAUAAUACUCUUGAUGCCAUCCCAAGCUAUGACCACUAUGCUAAUACUGAAGUGCCAGGAGAAGUGAAAAAAAACAGACCAACUUUAGAGGACCUUCACUCCAUCUUAAAGCACGAUCAUCUGCAGCUUCCAGUGUAUGAAGGCAGUAAUGACACUCCUGAUGGGGACGCUGAGAACGUGGUGGAGAAACCAGCAGGGGAACCUGUCAGAUUUGGGUGGAUAAAAGGCGUAAUGAUCCGCUGUAUGCUGAAUAUAUGGGGAGUAAUUCUUUAUCUCCGACUGCCUUGGAUAACGGCUCAGGCUGGCAUAGCACUCACUUGGGUUAUAAUCCUCAUGUCUGUAACAGUCACCAGCAUCACAGGAUUGUCUAUCUCUGCCAUUUCCACCAAUGGGAAAGUGAAAUCAGGUGGCACCUAUUUCCUUAUAUCUAGAAGUCUGGGACCUGAGCUGGGAGGAUCCAUUGGACUCAUAUUUGCAUUUGCCAAUGCUGUAGCAGUCGCCAUGCAUACUGUUGGUUUUGCAGAGACAGUUCGUGAUCUGAUGCAGGAAAAUGGCGCAACCAUUGUGGAUUCUUCUAAUGACAUAAGAAUUAUUGGCAUCAUUACUGUAACUCUCCUAUUAGGGAUUUCACUAGCAGGCAUGGAGUGGGAGGCUAAGGCUCAGGUUAUUUUCUUCAUUGUGAUUAUGGUGUCGUUUGUAAAUUAUUUGGUUGGGACAGUGAUUCCAGCCACCGAUGAAAAAAAAGCCAAAGGAUUCUUCAGCUAUAAAGCGGACAUCUUUGCUGAAAAUUUUGUCCCUCACUGGAGGGGACCGGACGGCAGCUUCUUUGGAAUGUUCUCCAUUUUCUUUCCAUCAGCCACUGGGAUUCUUGCUGGAGCUAACAUCUCUGGAGAUCUUAAGGACCCAGCUGUGGCUAUUCCUAAAGGCACUCUCAUGGCCAUCUUCUGGACGACCGUCUCUUAUUUGGUUAUAUCUGCCACUAUCGGCUCUUGUGUAGUUCGAGAUGCCUCUGGCAGUCUGAAUGACACUAUUAUGGAGGGAGGCACAAACUGUGUUGGGCUGGCAUGUGAAUAUGGAUGGAACUUCACCAGUUGUGCACUUAAACAGAACUGUAAACAAGGGCUGAUAAAUCAUUACCAGACUAUGAGUAUGGUAUCUGGAUUUGCCCCUCUUGUCACUGCUGGGAUUUUCGGUGCCACUCUGUCAUCAGCUUUAGCUUGUCUUGUCUCGGCCCCUAAAGUAUUUCAGUGUCUUUGUAAAGACCGUCUGUACCCUUUGAUUGGCUUUUUUGGGAAAGGAUAUGGGAAGAACAAUGAGCCAAUUCGGGGAUAUCUCUUAACCUUUCUCAUUGCAAGCGCAUUUAUUCUGAUAGGUGAACUGAACACUAUUGCUCCCAUCAUCUCCAAUUUCUUCCUUUGUUCAUAUGCUUUGAUAAAUUUUAGUUGUUUUCAUGCAUCUAUAACUAAUUCACCAGGCUGGAGACCUUCAUUUAAGUAUUACAGUAAAUGGGCAUCACUGUUUGGAGCAGUAAUAUCUGUCGUCAUCAUGUUCCUCCUGGCCUGGGAGUCUGCUCUUAUUGCUAUUGGCAUUGUCAUCUUUCUGUUGGCAUAUGUCCUGUACAAGAAACCUGAGGCAAACUGGGGUUCCUCUGUACAGGCAGGGUCCUAUAAUAUGGCUCUAUCUUACUGUGUGGGGCUUAACCAAGUGGAGGAUCACAUCAAAAAUUUCAGACCACAGUGUUUAGUCCUGACAGGACCUCCAAAUUUCCGGCCAGCCCUGGUGGACUUUGUAGGAACAUUCACAAAAAAGCAAAGCCUUAUGAUCUGUGGCAACGUAAUCAUUGGCCCACGUAAACAAAAACUCCAAGAGUUGAACUCAGAUGGACAUGUUAAAUGGCUAAAUAAGAGAAAAAUUAGAUCCUUCUAUACAGGAUUAAUUGCGGAUGAUCUACGCAGUGGAGUCCAAAUGCUCAUUCAGGCUUCUGGGCUUGGCCACAUGAAACCAAAUGUCUUGUUUAUAGGAUAUAAGAAGAACUGGCAGUCAUCUCAUCCCAGAAAUGUUGACAGCUAUGUAGGAAUACUGCAUGAUGCUUUUGACUUUAACUGUGGAUUGUGCCUGAUGCGGAUGAAGGAUGGUCUAAACAUGUCCCGUGUCAUGCAAGCUCAUAUAAACCCUGUGUAUCAACAAACGGAGGAACCAAAUCUGAAAACUGGUGCCGAAAAUGGAGCAGAUUGCAUGCCUCAAGAAACAUUGGAUCCAGACGCUGUCACAGUUGAACAACAGGCUAGCACUAUUUUCCAGAUUAACCAAGAAAAGAAGACAGUAGAUAUUUACUGGCUCUUCGAUGAUGGAGGACUGACUCUACUUAUCCCCUACCUUCUGAGCCGCAAAAAGAGAUGGGAGAAAAUUAAAAUCCGUGUUUUUGUGGGAGGACAGAUCAACAGGAUGGAUGAAGACCAAAAAGCGAUGAUCUCUUUGUUGAGUAAGUUCAGAAUUGGAUUUCAUGAGGUGCAUGUUCUACCUGAUAUCAACCAGAAACCACGGCCUGAACAUGUAAAGCGCUUCGAAGAUCUCAUUGCUCCAUAUAUGCUGAGAGACGGCUUCAAAGAUGAGAACCUGGUAAAUGAGAUGAGACGUGACUGUCCAUGGAAGAUAUCAGAUGAGGAAGCCAAGAGGAACAGGACCAAGUCUUUGAGACAAAUCCGACUGAACGAGAUCAUGCUGGAUUACUCUCGGGAUGCUGCAUUGAUCGUUGUAACAAUGCCCAUUGCCAGAAAAGGUAAAUGUCCCAGCUCUCUUUACAUGGCCUGGCUCGAGACCCUGUCACAAGACCUGAGACCACCAGUUCUACUUGUUAGAGGAAACCAAAAGAAUGUGCUAACAAUGUACUGCCAGUAAGAAGAGAUCCAAUACAAAAUACUGUAGAAGAGGCAGACCAGUACUAUGGGAGGAUAAGCAUGCAUUUUUUAUUACCAGUUUCCGGUUCUACCAUAUAGUAUACAUAUUUACAUGAUGUAAAAGAUAAACCAACGAUUACAAUACUAAAACAUACCAUAAUAUCCUCUUUAAAAACAAAAAAAUCUUCCUUUUAUAAUUUAUUAUUGGCAUUUACCAGUACAUGUAUAAUUUUUACUUUUAUAGCAGGGAUUCUUUAUUAGAAAAUGGGGCCCUGGGUAGCAAGCAAAAUAAUGACCCCCUUGGCACUUUUGGGAGAAUUGCCCCACCCCACAAAAACAACACUACAUAUAUAAAUAUAUAAUGUUAGGUGCUCUUGGGCUGCUGUGGAUUGAGAACUUUUGCAUAUUGUAAAGUAGAUAUGACUGGGCAAAAAGCAUUGGCCUAAAAAAACAUUUUUUUAAGGCAUUUAGCUUCCAACAAGUGGCUGUCAUAUAAUAGAUGUUUAACUGUGUUGCCACUCUUAUCCAUGUAGUUUUUUUGGCAAUUAAACAUUAGCCAUUUUUGUGUAAGAGAUCUUGUGACUGGUUGUAAUGCCAUCUAUAAAGAAUAUAACACUUAAAAUAUUUUGAUAUGUUGUUGAGACCCUGACCAUUCAGCAAAACAAGCCAGAAGAAGUGUGCGCUUACAGCGUUCUCUUCCCGCUCUGUCACAUGACUGAGACGGUCUCUGAAUGUAAGUCUAUGGGCCCAUCUCACUCGCAUAGACAUAGAGUUGGGAGAUAAGUGCAUGGCAGCUAAUUUUGCUAGGGUGGCAAAAUCCGCUGCAAAAAAUCUUCAGCAAAAUAUGCAUGUGUGAAUGUACCCUUAAGUGGGAUUCCCAUUCGCAGAGUUUUUUUUUAAAUUUUUUUUUAAAUUUUUUUUUUUUUAAAUGCCCCCUGUGGUACCUACACUUGUUCAGAAAAAAAAAAGUAUCCAUUUACCCUUCAUUGUCAUUUUUCAGCUGAUGAAUUUUGCAUGCACUUCAGUAGACAUAGCUGCACAAAACCACAGCUACUUUUCCGUUUAAGUGUAUGGAGAUCAUGGCAGUCAGGAGUUGGUGAAGAGGUUCUGUGAAUACGGUAUAUCAUUAUGCUUACGUGAUAGAGAGUCGUAAUUAAAAGUAGUUACUCCUCUGUUCACAUAAGAGAACCUAUCCACGUGUCACGAUAAUGUAGUAUGAACCUAGGAGGCCAUGUAAACAUAACCAAAUCAGAACCUAGCAGCGAUUGUAUGGAUCUGCUACUUUUGUUGUCAUUUUUAGGUGACCAAACAUGGCUAUUUUCUUUUUAGUCAAUACACAGAUUAAGUAUAGGACCUAGGUUGCUCCCCAAACUUGGGCUGUCCACACCCUCUGUCACAUUGUGUCAAUUGUCAAAGCACCACCAGUCACAGCCCUUACCCCAAAGUACCAAUAACAGCAACACCCAUACUGAGAUUCCAUAACACCAAAAGUCAGAAUACAGCUGGUAGAAAGUGAAUUGGAUGAGAGGAGGACUGUUUUAGGAGGACUUGUUGUUUGAUAAGUUUUGAAGCAAAUGUGAAUAGUGAGAUGGGAGAAUAACUGAACAAAGAUUAUGAUGGGUUUGGAUGGCUUCUGGUUGUCAUGUUUGGGAUAAGCAAAUUAGAAAGGAUGAGGAUGGGGUGUGAUGUCAUUGGAGCAAGUGUGCAGGCAAUGAUGUGAGAUCCGAGUAGUUUGGAGAACUUUUCAUCAGAAAUGGUGGAGCAGCAAGUUAUCAGUGUAGAGCAGCACUAUGAAGAUAGGUUGCAGGGACGGUCAGUUGACUUUUUUUAGUGUUCUCUAUCUUGUGCUGGAAAUAUGUAGCAAAAUCCUCAGAUGAGAUGAGAAAUUUGGAAUGUGAUACUGAAGUUGGUCAAGCCUUGGCCAUGCAGCAAUACUCUGGUCUCUCCCCGGGGUCAUGAACACAGAGUGCAACAUCCAGGCUAAGAAUAAAACGGCUGACUCAAUAAUAUAUGCAGGUUGAUACCAGAGGCCAUUAUGGAGUUGGUACUGAGGCCCACUGGAGUAUUCUCCAGUACUCUAGAGAGCCCAUACUGAUGGAUGGUAGAUAUUAAACAUUUCCGAUGAACACUAGUACUAAAUAAUGUAAAAAAACAAACAAUAUUUAAGUAUGCCCCAUCAAUUUUCAUUUGUUAUAAAAACUGUGGGUGAAGAGGAUGAGUUGUAGGUUUAAAGCCUUGGGUUGCGUUGAUUGAAGUAUUGAUGCCACUAGCUAAGGACAUUAUCUCCUGAAGAACAGACAGCAGACAACUUUCUCCUGAUCUAAGGAGAGUGUGGAAGAAAAACUAGCUUCUGCCAGACACUUCUGACAACAGAUUUCCUUCUGACGCAACAAAAAAAAAUACAUUCUUAGAGGGAAUCUUCAUCUUUUAUCACUAUUUUUGUCAAUACUCUGUUGCACGUAGAUUUAAAGGGAAUGUAUGAUCAAGAUAGUUUUUUACUGAUCAAAGCCAAAUGCUGAUUUCUCUAAUCUGUUUAUUUUCUGAUUGUAAUUUUUUUACUCUAAUUUUUUUUAGUACAUUAUUAUGGGAAAACCCAUAUUGUUUGAUCUUUCUGCACAACAUUUAGUUAUGCUUUACAGAAAGCCCCAUGAAUAUAAGAAACAAUAGACUGGACCUUAUCCUGUUGACUUCUGUGUGAGAGUUUUUUAGGAAUACUCUGUGACCUGUGCAGAGGUCAUUGUGCAGGGUGAGGGAGAGACAGAGUUGUUACCAUCACCUAUUGUAAAUGGCCUUAUCCCAUCCUAUCUAUACACUAGUAUCAAAUUUGACUGUAAUCAUGCCUGUGAUAAUAACGAUAAGACUGUAGAACUGUUUACUCUAUAGAACAGAAAGUGUCAACUUCUUAAGUGUAAUGGCCAGAAAGAAAACAAAGAUUUCUGGAUUAAUUUAAAAUAUACAUAGUAAAAUGGAAUAUUAGAAAACACACCACCAAAAAUGCUUUUAAAAUAUUUUAAACAUAAAAACUAUUUAUGCAAUACCGAUUUAUGCAAUAUGCCCUUUUCUGGCUACAUGGCAGCCACCACUUAAGGGAGCUUACUAUAUUAUCACUCAGUGCACUAAAUAACAUCCGAUAAAGACCCAUGUUUCAGAAUGUUAUGUUUAAAACAACUCUGUAUUCGAAAAACAGGGCUCUGACCAUUCUAAACAUAUAUGAAGAGGUUAGCCUGCACUAAAGUCUGAACUCAUUAAGAUUAAAAGAACAACACAUUUAUGUUUAAUCCAAAUCAGAGACACUUGGCCUUUAUUUUCUUAGGAGCCAAGAAUUUUGAUCUUACAGAAUUUGGCCAUCCACCUAUUGUAUCUAUUAGACCUUACAUAGAAUGACCCUGAAGAAAAAAAAUGUAGGCAACAUAUAACCAACUAGAGUAGCACUUUCCAAUCUGUCUCCUCCAACAUUCUCCUAUCAAUUAAUCAACAUUUAAGAUUUAUAAACUAUGUGGGAAUAAAAUGUAUCCAGAUGUUUAUAUUUUUACAACUGUGAUCAAAAGUAAAGUUUGGAAUAGAUGCAUAUAUUAAUAAAAUAUUUAUGAAAGAUA